CAUAUUUAUCCGGUGUUUUAUAUUGAAAAUCAGGCUGCAACCGCUGAUCAUGUGAUGGUGUGUUAUUUAGCUCUUGAUCUUAGCCUGUGUGAGAGACGCCAAUUAAUAUGAGAAUUAACAUACUAGAUUUAGAAUAGCAGAACAGAAGAUAAAGUUGUUCUUCUCCGAGAUAAGACUCACUUAUCUGGAAGUUUCGUUAAAGCAGAAUUAGCUUUACUCGGUUAUUUUUUUUAUUAUUUACAUAGCAAGAGUUUAUUAUUAAAACAUUGUUUAAAAAAAAAAAAAACUAACACGUACAUAAUUGGCUUUAACAGCUGCCAGUUAACUACCUACUGUAUCGCGAGACUGAUAGACAGCUAGUAACCAGCUAGUUAACCAACUAAUAAACACACAAACCGACCUCGUUGACGGAAAAAAAGCCUGUUCGCUAGCUUAGCAAACGUACUAAGGUUUAAAGCUUGGUAUGACAUUAAUAGGAGAUGUAUUGCGGGUAGUUGUGUGCGUGUAGGAGCCUGUCCACACACACUGUACCCAGUAGUAGCGCUAGCUAGCCGCGGCUAACACUCCCGCAGAGUCCCGCAUCAGCUGACCUCCACCCCGGGUGAGCGCAGGAACACACAGCCGGCAGCCAUGGAUCAGCUCAAAGUCAAAGACCGCAUUCUGGAGAACAUAUCUCUGUCUGUAAAGAAGUUGCAGAGUUACUUUGCAGCUUGUGAAGAUGAGACACCAGCCAUCAGAAACCAUGACCGUGUUCUCCAGCGGUUAUGUGAGCACUUGGACCAUGCUUUGUUAUAUGGGCUGCAGGAUAUAUCUUCAGGAUACUGGGUGCUUGUCUUGCACUUUACUCGACGAGAAGCCGUCCGGCAGAUUGAUGAACUUCAGCACAUAGCCACCAACCUUGGCAGAAGUCGAGCAUGGCUGUACCUGGCACUCAGUGAAAGUUCUUUAGAAAGCUAUCUUCGUCUUUUCCAGGAGAAUCAAGCACUUUUGCAUAAAUAUUACUUCAAAAAUGCCCUGGUUUGCAGCCACGACCAUCUCACUUUGUUCCUUACACUUGUUUCGGGGCUGGAGUUCAUCCGCUUUGACCUCGAACUGGAUGUUCCAUACCUGGAUGUGGCACCUUACAUGCCAGACUACUACAAACCACAGAAUCUUUUGGAUUUUGAGGAGAGAUUGCCCAGUUCUGAUAGCUUGUCUCUGCACUCAUUCAACUCUACCAAUCUUGAGUGGGAUGACAGUGCCAUUGCCCCCUCUAGUGAAGAUUAUGAUUUUGGUGACAUCUUCCCCGUGUUGCAGUCAAUGCCAUGUGCAGACUGGGAAGACGGAGAUCUAACUGAUCCUGUCAGUGGUCCUCGCUCCACAGCCUCAGACCCCCAAACAGUAAUCAGUGAGUCUGUGGUCAAAACAGCAGCGACUCCAGUCAGGAGCACUUCUCUGUCACGCAGCCCUAACUUUCGCUACAACCCUUUUAACGAAGACUCGGACACUAACACCUCGGCAGAUGUUACACCGGUACACACAGCCAACCGCCGUGACAUUCCUGCUUGGGAUGAUACAGAGAGCACCAGCACAGAGCUGGAGGUCAUUAGGAUGGUCAGAAGGAGAAAACCAAGUAGGAAACGCCGUGGAAGGGGAUCAACUGACUCUGUGAGCAGUGGCCAGAGCAUGCCCUCACCAGAGCAAGCAGGAACAGAGGAAUCUCUUCAGAUCAACAAGGAAGACAGAACUGUUGGGGGUAACUAUAACUCGUUAAACGGCUCAGCUCGAGCAGUGGCAGAGAACGGUGAGAAAAUCGAGGCCCAUGAAUCCGAGGCCCUAUUGAGGCUUCCUGAAAUGACAGACACUUCAAUGGACAGCGUAGGCCAGCCACUCCGAGAUGUAAUGGAUAGGUUAAAUGGGGCUCUGGAUGGAAAAAGCUGGGAAAGACAAGAUGUGGAGGAAGAUGCAGGAAAGGAAUGUGUAACUGGCAUUAAUUCAGCCACAUCUCAACUUCAGCAUCAGUCCUUUCGGGAGGACGAAGGCGGAGAGCCUCCCGAUCCAGACUCUCAGUCACACCUUGUGGCCCCAGCAACUUCACAGUUCUACUGCUUUACCACCGACAGUGCAGACGCUGCUACCGAGAGUGGUAGCCACCAUGACUCUGCAGGGAAUGGCCAGUCGCAGGCUGAUUACGGUGGCCAUGAAGAUGAUGGAGAAGGAAAGACAGCAGAACAGGUUGCAGCCUCCAAAGUAGAGGAGAAAGAGGGGAGAGCUGUUGAGAUGAAGCAGCCAAAUGGUCUUGCUCAGAUUAAAACUGAAGAAAAGGGGGCUGGAGGAGGGUCUGAUCUGCCAGACUGUUCCCAUCCUGCAGAAUUUAGGGUCGAUAAUAAUCACUUACUACUACUUAUGAUCCAUGUCUUCCGGGAGAAUGAAGAGCAACUCUGUAAGAUGGUGAGAAUGUCUACAGGCCACAUGGAGGGGGACCUACAGCCUCUGUUUCUGCUGCUAACAGACUGUUAUAUUUACUUGUUGCGUAAAGGAGCAUCAGACAAGCCGUAUAAUGUAGAGGAAGCUGUGUCUUACAGUGAACUCGAUUACAUAUCUGUGGGUUUGGACCAGCAGACUGUCACGCUGGUGUGCACCAAUAGAAGACGGCAAUUUCUUCUGGAUACUGCAGAUUGUUCACUCACUAUCUGGUUUCUACGCAUGCUAAAGUCAGCAAUGACGAGUGGCUGUACUGAGCUGCCUUACCCUGCUGUCCUGACUGAUGCAACUAUGGAAAGGCUGGCUCUGACCAAGUUUGUGUGCCAAGAGUCACAUUGUGAGGUAUCGGAGGUCAAUAUCCGUCUCUAUUCCCUGGUUCACUGGGAAGACCCCAUGGAAGUGGGUUUGAGCACUCCCACCUCUCCAUCAGGCUCCGGGAAGUCGGGUAGCACCAAGGAGGGAGCACUUCUAUAUCGAGCAGGAACUUCAUACUUGGGGAAGGAGCUGUGGAAGAGUUGUUACCUUGUGCUCAGCAGUGGCAUCCUCUUCCUGUAUGCUGAAAGGACUGAUGUUACUCCACUGAUGUCAAUUACCAUGGGGGGUGAGCACUGUGGAGGCUGCAGACGCUCAAACAGCACAGAGAGGCCACAUGCGUUCCAGGUGAUUCUGACAGCACGGUCUCCUCUAGAGCUGAGUGCAGAAAAUGAGCUGGAAAUGGCAGAAUGGAUGCAGCUAAUCUGUCAGGCUGUGUCUAAAGGAGUGAUUCCACAGGGAAUAGCACCAGCACCUUGUAUGCCAUGCUGCCUGGUUCUAACAGAUCAGAAGUUGUUGACAUGUCAUCAGGAUUGCCAGACGAGUUUUUUCCGUUCACUUGGUGCAGCUGAUGUCAGUGAUGUCACUGCAGUUUGCCUUGAGGAGGACAAAGAAUAUUGUGUUAUUGAAUUUGCAGCUGACCGCUCUUACUUCCUCCCACCAUGGGUUCUUUAUUUCAGUGGUUGUGGGGAAAGGGAUCGGCUCUUGGAGGAGCUUGAUUCUGUGUGGAGAUCUAUUUUUCAGGUCUCUUUGGCUCGUAAGGGUGUAUCAGACGAGCUGAUGCAGAAGAGGUGCAGGGAGGCAUUGGAGCUGAUGAGGAGUGCCUGGCAGAGGAGUGACAGUCUACAUAGAGGGAGGUGCACUAGAGAGCCAUGGUGCUAAGAGCAUGUCAGUCAGGCCAUAAUAGACUGGGGGACAUGCACUUGAUACAUCUUCCUGCUAUUAAUGUAGGUAUGAACAGCAGGCUGUAUGGGGACAUAACCACCAUACCUUGUAUAAACAAAUUGCACAGAUAUUUGAAUUAUAGUACACUAAGCAUUUUGAUCUAGAGAUGGGGGGAAAAAAAAACAAAAUGAGCUGUAAACACUGUGCAUGUGGUGACUGGCUACAAAUGGAAGUCAUUUAAUGAAAUCCAAAUGCUUCAUCACAAAUGUACAGUUUGUGUGAUGUGUAAAUACAAAGUGCUUAGGUAAUGUGACUUUCCUCCUUGUAAAGCUCUCUUUAUUAAAUACCUCACUAAAACCCAUAUGUUAUGUAUGCAAAGGUACUUGUUGAUGGACUUUAGUCGACGGUUUACUGUGUUGAUUGUUACUAAAAACCUAACAUGGUUAUGUAAUGGCUGCUAAAAGUAGAUUACUGUUGAUGCUGAAUAGAUGGGCAAAACCACCUGUAUUCAGCAGUGCACAAAGGAAAAAAUGAGGGGGGAGGGUAUAAAUGAAGGACAAUGCUUAUUUCAACCAGAAUGCAAGAUUGCACAUAUUAGAUUUUUUAAGUUGAUAUUUAGCAUUGCUUUUACUAACAUGAUAUAUACAGUAUACUGCUUUUACUAAUGGGAUGAAUGUAAAUUGCAUUGGGACAGAGAAUUCAUCAUUCAUUGAAUCAAUUAAUUUCCCAUGAAGCUACUGUUCAUUAUCCAAUAUAUAUUCAAAGAGAAAGAAAGAAGUGUGUGACAUGCUGAUAUCCCUGAAUCACAUUACAUCAUAACAGACAAGCUGUAAUGUGAAAAGUUCCACGCACAGUAUUGCAUUAAUUUCCACUUCUCAAUUUUAUUUAUAUAUAUAU